CGUUUCGCCGCUUUGCCUUGAAAGUCUGGGCUUCUCUAGAGUAAGAAGUUGAAUAAUGUGAGAUGCGCUUGUUAUUAUACAAUUUCCCUUUUGCUAUGAUAAGUCGCUAUUUAGCUUUAGCUACGUUCAUAGCUGCUUAAAAUUACCUUCUAACCUCCUACUGACUGGGUGCUACUACUCUGAGCAAGCUCCUCCUCCUCAACCCCACACUACGCAAAGCUCUUGACACAGAGUUCACACUUCACCCACCAAGUCCAACGGCCAAUCCUCUUGGGCGCAACACCACCUCUGUUGCCAACGAUCCAGACCGCCUACGAAUAUCACGACAGCGCCGAGAUUCCUUUGCAGAAAUCAUUCCGACGUCAGCCGAUCGUUAGUCGAAGCCUUAACGGACAGUUCACGCCACCAUCGCCGUAGCUCGAAGUGGUGCACACCGAUACGUCCGCCAGUCCAGCAACCGCAUAAAAGACUUCGACAGUUCAAAUAGCUCAUCUUAGAGGGCAUAUAUUCUAAUUCGCCUGCUGCCGCGGACUGAUCGAUUUGUUAGCCGCAGCUUGUUCCCAAUCAUAGACCCCGUUCCACAGACCACUUGACUACCAUGGCUCCUUCGAAUGCGCAGGUGCAGAACCUGGUGGCCCAAUUCAAGGCUCUGACCGGAGAAUCUGAUCGCACCGCUCUUCGAUUCCUCAAAGACAAUAACUAUAAGGUAGACCAGGCGAUUGAUGAAUUCUUUUCCCAACAAGGCGAUUCAUCAUCGACACUAGAGAAGGAGCUAACCGACUUAUUCGAAUCUCUUCGAGACGCGGCGAAAGAUGAAAAAGAUAAGAUGGAACUCGAAUCCACCAUGGAAUACCUCCAGUCUCACCUGAAAAUAAAUUUGGAAAAUGCGGAGCUGUUUGUCGCCAUUUACUUGGUUCAAGCACCAAGCAUAGGCGAGAUCACUCUUCGUGGAUUUGUUGACGGUUGGAAACUGACUGCUGUUCCGGCGUCUCUGGCCGAUCAAGCCGCCCACGUUCGACAACUGGUUGCGAAAUUGUCCAAGGAUAAGGAACUGUUCCGCAAAGUAUAUAAAUACGCCUUCAUUGGUGGCCGCGAGAAGGACCAAAAGGCCCUGGAUCUCGAAAAUGCUACCGUAUUCUGGGGCACACUCUUCUCCAGCCCUGGCAUGCGCUGGGAAACGAAAAACCAUAACUGGCUGGAGCUGUGGAAGUCCUUCUUGGAAGAGAAGUGGACUCGCUCAGUUAACAAGGACAUGUGGAACAUGACUUUGGAAUUCGCAUUCAAGAGUAUGGAAGAUGAAAGUCUUUCAUUUUGGAAUGAAGAUGGUGCCUGGCCGAGCGUCAUCGACGAUUUCGUUGGGUGGUGUCAUGGCAAAGGUAUCGGCAAGACUGAACAGAUGGACGUGGACGGCGAACAAUAAAGGCGGAAGAUAUAUGAAAAGUAUCAUUGAGAGCGUGCAUUAUCAACCCAGCCCCAGCAUCCAUUAUCCGACUGGAAACUUUUUUUAUAGAAUAUCACAAGCGAUAGAACAAUGUAGCGUUGAUUUUCACGACUACUUCAAAUGCCAAUAUACAGUGUUACAUAUAAUUGUUCAUUCUAUGCUGUACACGGCAUCAUGGACGCCAAACCUAUGAAUGCUAAUAAGACCUUUGACUAUAAAUCCCAAAUGUAGAGUCGUUUUUUGUAUUGUACAGCGAAACAGAACCACAGGACUCGCGCAGCCUGCUUCGUAUCGCCCUUUCAACCAGAUUGCUUGGCGUCGGAAGCUUUUAUCCGAUAGUUCGACAGCGUGCGUGUGAGGUAGUUCACUCGGCGACGCCUUUGCAACCUCUCAUGCUAUGAUUUUAACCUUUAGAGGUAGGCAGACAUUACGACGUGCUCCACCACUCGGGUGCUCCGAAUCUUGAAAGUGUGUUCAGCUUGCCGUCGCCGAGCUUGACGUGUGCCGCGCGAAUCAUUCGAGGCUCGAGUCGGAGGGAGUUUCGGACGUCGUUAUGUGUUCUAGAGGAGGAGUCGUAGCGCAUGACAAAGUAAUGGCCGUGCGUGUGCUGCAUUUGGUGGACGGAGAGGGGUUUGGGCAGGGCAAAGACGCCCCAGUUGGAGAGACCGCGGAUGACGCCGCCGUUGCGGAGGACCAGACUUCCCACGGUGUUUGCAAUUCUAUUAAGAAAUCAUUGUUAGAGGAUUCAGUCGCCAGAGAAGAAGGGGGUUCGGUGUCGCGUGUUGGGUUCGACGUACUCUCUGACUUCCGACAAGUUGCCCGGUCGGACCUGUGUGAAUGUGUUAGAAAGGCGCAUUAAGGACGGGUGUGCAAUGAAAAACGUACAAUGCCAAUUAAUUCGUACAACAUCUCUGCUCUGGUAUCUACACCAAUGCAAUUGACACAAUGUUGGUGAGCAGGGGAAACGAGCUGGGUUGAGAAUCUCGAAAUCUUGGGAGCGCAAGGGGAAGAACCGAAAAUUUACCGCCUUAGGAGGGACGGUCAAAAAGUGGGGGCCUCUUGAGGCAUUGGCUAUAUAGUAGAUGAAGAUCAGAGGUAGUGACAACAGAGAAGCAAUUUUAUAAAUAGUACAAAAUAUCUAUAUGCUCUAAUAGUACAAUGGAAUUCUAAAUAUGGUACAAAUUGGCGCUUAUUGCUCAUAAUUAGAAAUUCUUGCUCGAGGUGGCCUUCCAGAGCCUCCAUGGUCCCUUCCAGCCAGGCGGCUUGACGGCAAAAGGGUCAAAGUCGGCCGCUUGAAGGUUGUCCAAGAAGUGAUUGACGGGGACAGCCUCAAUUAAGACGCCGAACGAUGCUUCGAUAUCAGAAUUGACAUUGCCGGUUGAGAUAUCGUCCAUGUGUUCGGUAUCGUGCUGGUGCUCAAAGUCGUGUCCAGCGCCUUGGCCGGCCCGCAGUCUUUUCAUCAUUUCUCGUGCCGUAAUUAAAUGAUCAUUCGCUCGGGUCGCAACAGUGAAUAUGGCCUCAGAUAAGCCCUCAGCUUGGGGACCGUGUCUAAAGACGUCCUCUUCCUUAACGCCGUGUUCGGCCAUGACGUCCAAUGGUAGUAGUAGCGUUGGCUCUUUUGUAACUGAUGAUACUGCGCCAGCAUUUGGACUGCGUUUAAUCUGUGGAGCAACAAGCUGUGGUAUCGAUCUCAGCACUGCAGCGAUACCUGCUGCCUUACCAAUAUGACUGGCAAGAUGGUCCAUGUCUAUCGAUCGAAUAGGGAUAGCAGCCAGCGUGGCAUACAUCAUUGUAGAAUAUAUAUUUUCGGCGUAGUCUUCGAGGCUGGCCAUAUUUGUGAAUGGAGGAUUAUCGAGGUGCUUUUCUCUGGUUUGAAUGAGCCGCGAUGUCCAGAAUUUAACAGUCUGGCGUGUUUGACGGCCAGUAGUCUCUUCAAGCUGUUGCGCCGUGCUGCCUAGCAACGUGGAUAUGGGUUCGCGAGUACCGCGGCCGGAAAAUGUGUUGUUUAUAGCGUCCUUCCAAAACUUUAUGCGCAUAGCUCCUAGAGUUGGAUUCGAUACGGCUUCGGGGAUGCGGGCGAGUUCGAGGUUCAGGGCUCGGAGGGCAACGUAGACGUCUUGCGCCUGCCGCGGG